AUGCGUUCUGCUGUCAUCUUUGCCGCCUUGGCGGUUGGUACCUGUGCCAAGGUUAUUGAGAAGGAGGUUUAUGUGACCGAGUGGACUACCACCACCGUCACGAAGACUGUGACCCUGUGGCCCACCAACACCCCCGACACGGCUGCUUCGGUCAAGCAGGACCACACUAAGUCUGCCACCAGUGCCCUUCCUACGGUCGACGUUUCUAAGAAGGUCCCUGCUGAGGUGGAGUCCGCCCCUGCUGUGGCUCCUACUACCGUUGUGGCUCCUACUACCAUUGUGGCUCCUACUACCGUUGUGGCUCCUACUACCGCUGUGGCUCCUACUACCGUUGUGGCUCCUACUACCGUUGUGACUCCUACCGUUGUGGCUCCUACUACCAUUGUGGCUCCUACUACCAUUGUGGCUCCUACUACCGUUGUGGCUCCUACUACCGCUGUGGCUCCUACUACUGUUGUGGCUGCCACUACCGUUGUGGCUGUGGUUGAGCCUGCCAAACCCAGCACCGCGACUACGUCUUCAACCACCGAGGCCGAAUUUAAGAUCGUUACCACCUCCGUUGCCUCUUUCGCUACCUCAGUGGCCACCUCUUUCGCUACCUCAGUGGCCACCUCUUUGGUAACUUCGACCACCGCCGCUGCCCCCCCCGCUGCUACCGCUGCCACCGCUGCCAACUCCUACCAGGAGUCUAUCCUGUACUACCACAACAUUCACCGCAGCGAACACUUUUCAGGCGCUUUGACCUGGUCCGAUGACCUCGCGGGAGCUGCCCAGACUCUCGCUUCGCGUUGCUCGUACGAACAUGACACCUCCAUCAAGUCCGCAAGCGGAGACUACGGUCAGAACAUCGCAUACGGUUACGAGGCGGCACUGGUUGGCGAGAAGGUUAUCGGUGGGAUGAUGUACACCGACGAGGCACCGUACUUCACCAACCUCUACGGCGAGGCCAACCCUGAUAUGACCAACUUUGACAAGUGGGGCCACUUUACUCAGAUCGUUUGGAAAGCCACUACGGAAGUCGGUUGCGCCACUGUUGACUGCUCUGACUUGGGGAAUGUUGGUGGCCCCUCGCCCUUCACUGUUUGCAACUAUGGCUCUCCCGGUAACUACGCCGGUGAGUAUGCCGACAACGUCUUGAGGCCCAGAUCAUGA